GCCUCAACACCUGCUUCCGAAUCAAGUCGAAACGCUUGUGCAACUCAACCUAUUGACAAUUCAUCCGAUAAAUGUUCCACUGCUAUCCCACCUCCACCUCCACCUCCGGUUAAUAAAGAUCCUUUUGCCACUUUACAACAUUAUCUUCGUUUGAUUUCGGAAAACAGUGUUAUGGAAAACCCACUCAAAUCUUAUGAUAUCAAAAAAGUUAUUGAUGAAGGUUCAUCUGCAAAGGUUUUUACUGCUCACCCAUUGUCAAAUCCCAGUGAAGAAUGUGCCAUCAAAGUCGUCCCACUCUCAUACUCUUUGGAAUUCAUCUUUAAUGAAAUUUAUGUUCUUAAGAAUCUCAAACAUAAAAACAUCGUUGAUUUCAAAGAAAGUUUCUUACGCUGGGAUGGUAAAACACGUGAAGUCUGGAUCGCUAUGGAAAAAUGUGCUCGUGGUGAUGUAACUAGUCGCGCCGGUAAAGUUAAUCAACGUGAAGCUGGACGUAUUGCUCGAGAUCUUUUGGGCGCUUUGAAACAUUUACAUUCUAACGGUGUCAUCCAUCGCGAUAUUAAACUUUCCAAUAUCUUGUCUACUGCAAAUAAUGAAAUUAAAUUGGCUGAUUUCGGUAUUUCAUCUUUGACUCCAACCUCUACUACUGCAAUGGUCGGAACAAUCCCAUAUAUGGCCCCUGAUGUUGUUCUUGUUGGACCUGAUCGACCUUAUGAUACAAAAGUUGACAUCUGGUCUGUAGGUGUCUGUAUCUUAGAACUUUUGACUGGAAAGGCUGCUUGGGGCAGAUUCCGUGAUGAUGAAAUUAUGGAUAAAUUGCGCAGAGGUGAAAUGCCAUAUGGUUUUCAACGCCUUCGAAAGAAAGCAGAUAUUGGAUGGGAAGCCGUUGACUUCUUAGAAAAAUGUUUCAUUAAAACUCCUGAAAAUAGAUGGGACGCCGAGAAAUUGUUAGAGCACCCAUUCAUCACUGGCAGUCUCAAUUAAUCGAUUUUUAACUUUGAUUUAACCUCUUAAAAACCACCGUUUACAACUCAAUUUUUGACAACCGAUUUUUGAUAACCGAUUUUACUGACUACCGAUUUUUGUAUUUCAACUUUAUUCUCGUUUAUUUUUUUUAACCGAUUUACCGACUAACCCAUUUCGUUUGAUUUAUGGAAAAUCAAUUUGAUUAUUAUAUUUUUUAUUUUCAACACAACAAACAAAAAAAAAAAAAACAAAAAAAAAUUAAGUUAACUUAAAUCUUUUCAACCCUCUUACCCUAAAUUUUCUUAUGAACACCCGUUUAUUUCGCUUUUUCUCCAAUACUUGCUUCAUCUUAUAUUAAAUUUGAUCAAAUUUGAUCAACGUUUUUCCCACUUUACAUUUUUUUAUUUAUGUCAAUGCAUUUUUAAGUCUCAAUUCUUUUUAUGUUUGUUUAUUCCCCCUUGUCAACAUCAUUUUUCUUAAAAAAACUUCAAAAAUUCCUCUUAUGUAGAA